GAAGACAAAUAUUUGUCCGUAUUACAUCAUCUUUGACUUUUUCCACGCCUUUCACCUCAUGUUUGGACUUGAUAAUACAGCAUGUUUUAAUGUGCCUAGAACCCCCUCCCGAUAAAAAGGAAAGGUUCCGAUAUUUUAAUGCGAAAUUUGCCGAGUUUACGUGGCACAGCAUCAUCGCGUGGGCGCGGCUUACAUUGUCAACAUCCUGUGAAUUUCUCCGGCCCCUCCAAAAUGGCGAGAGUGGACGUCAGGGAAGGCCGGGAAGAGCCAGAGAGUGAAGACGAGCUGUACGAGGUGGUGGAUCUGACAGAAUAUGCUCGGCAGCAUCAAUUGUGGAGCCGUGUGUUUGGUAACAACUCGGGCCCAAUAGCUGAGAAGUACUCCGUGGCAACCCAGCUCAUGAUGGGAGGGCUCACUGGAUGGUGUGCUGGUUAUGUCUUCCAGAGAGUUGGGAAGAUCGCGGCCACUGCUGUCGGUGGAGGGUUCCUCCUUUUGCAGAUUGCCAAUCAUAGUGGCUACGUGCAGGUGGACUGGAAGAAGGUGGAGAAGGAUGUAAACAAAGCAAAGAAACACCUAAAGCAGAAAGUAAACAAAGCAGCCCCUGAGCUAAACACAUCCAUUGAGGAGGUAAAGGCUACAGAUUUUGUAAAGAGAAACAUCAUCUUGUCCAGUGGCUUUGUUGGAGGGUUUUUCCUGGGUUUGGCCUCCUAAAAGACACUGCCCUGACUAUGCUGUCAUUGAAUGGACUACUUUUGUCUCCAUAAUUACAUUUCUCCCACCAUGUGAAAUGAUCAGGUGGGUUAUUUUGACCAUUGGAUCGUGAUCUGUGGUGCACAUUAUACAGCAGCUGAAAUAAGUAUUCAACACGUCAACAUUUUUCUCACUAAAUGUACUUCCAAAGGUGCUAUUGAUCGGAACAUUUCACCAGAUGCUGGGAACAACACAAGUAAUCCUUUAAUACAAAGAAAGUAGAACAAAUAAGCAUAGAACUUAAGUUGUGUAAAACUGUGAAAUGACACAGGAGAAAAUGAUUGAACACUUGAAGAAAGAGAAACACAAAAAGGCAUGGAAAGCCAAGACAACACCUAAAAUCUAUCAAUAAUCCAACAGCAUUCUAGCCCCUUGUCAACACAAAUGAGUAUGAGAUAGUUCAGUCGGAAUUCAUGGCUGAAAAAAUUGUUUAAUUGCCAAGAUAUGAGUGAAGACUCAUCUCUUGAUGGGUAAGAGCAGAGAGCGGUCUCAAAACCAUUGCAAAUUAAUUGUUGCAAAACAUCACGGUGUCAUUGGUUACAGGGCAUAUCUGAGAUUCUGAACAUUCCAGUUAACAAGAUUUUGGCCUUAAUACGUAAGUUGAAAGCCCAUCAUACCACCAUAAAUUUGCUUUGAUCAGGUGCCGCUUGCAAGAUUUCUGACCGAUAAGUGUAAAAAUAAUUUCAAAUACUGUCCACCUGUACAGAGCUUCAAAAAAACAUGAAAUUAGCAGGUACUGCUGUCACAAGGAAAAGAGUAAUGUACUCCGCCUCCAUGGCCUGCGUGCAUCCUCAUCAUGCAAGACCCCAUUGCUGGGGCUAAAAAAAAAAAAAAAAAAGGUAUGUCAACUUGUUUAAAGUGUGCAAAACAGAAUUUGGACAAGCCAGUUAAAUACUGAGAGAAUAUAGUCUGGUCAGAUGGGAGCAAAAUUGAACUGUUUGGAUGCCAUAAUGCACACCAGGUUUGGUGGAGCAAUUGCACUGUACAUCACCCUAAAUACCAGACCUACAGUUUGUAGGUGGGAAUAUGAUGAUGUGGGGAGGUUUUGUGGGUGUGUGGAGUGAAAGUGUCCAUUUCAAGUCGUCAACAUGGGUCUGCACUUCAACCUUGAACAUCUUGACAGUGAAGGAACCUAUGGGAGGAUCCUGUUCGUAGACGAAAGGUCUGCGUUUAACACCAUUAUCCCCGAUCUCUCCUCCAAGCUUUUCCAGCUGAGGGUCUCAUCUGACAUCUGCCAAUGGAACUAGAACUUCCUGAUGGGCAGGUCACAGCAUGUAAGGCUGGGGGACACCCCCUCAUCCAUGUGCACUAUCAGCACCGGGUCACCCUAUUGUUGUGUCCUCUCCCUUCUGCUCUUCUCCCUCUACAUAAACAACUGCAGCUCAAGGCACCCAGCUAUCAAACUCGUGAAGUCCGCAGAUGACAACACAGUCAUCAGCCUCAUCAAAGACUGUGACAGGUCUGCAUAUAGACAGGAUGUGGAGAGCUUGGAGCUGUGGUGCGACCAGCACGACCUGGCGUUGCACAUGAAAGACUUGUGAAAUGAUCGUGGACUUCAGGCGCCAUCCUUCACCACAGCUGCCCCUCACGCUGUCCAACUGUCUUGUGUCAACGUCGAGACCUUAAAGGUCUUGGGAAUUACAGUCUCACAGGACCUCAAGUGGAAGACCAACAUCAACUCCAUCCUCCAAAAAGCCCAGCAAAGAUGUACCGUAAUUUCUCAUAUAUACUGCCCAAAUUUAUUUAAAAAUAUUUUCAAAAAGUCAAUAGAACGCAUUAUAUUUAGGUAUGGAUGAAAAAUAAAAAAUACAAUCACAUUGUAUAGUUGUGUACAGGUACAUAGAGUGGUAAAAAAAGGGUAUACAUUUCAAUAUGAUAUUCCAUGUCUUAUGUUACACAUUUUAUAUAGUUUACAGUAUGUGUGCCACCAACCUCAACUCUCUGACCUCCUCGGAGAAACUUGGCAUUUUACGAUCGUUAGCAUAGCAUAUUUGUUGCUACUGCACCAAACAUCAGAAAUGACUUUCCGUGAGUUUGUCUUAACUUAAACGAAGACAAAUAAUGUCGACUACAAGGGCUAGUUGUGCUUUUAAAAGAAAUGUGUCAUUGCUCCUGCCGAUGACGCGGCCAACCUGGAAGCAGUGUGGCAGCUCAAAACAACAUGAGCUCAAACUACGUAGUAUGAGCGAAAUAGGCACAUUAAAAAAAAAUGGGAGGGUGCACACAAUUGAAAUGCUUGCAUUUUUUAAUAAAUGUGCCCAUUAGGGACCUGGCUCCAUAGGAAAGCUGCUACAGAUUGUAGCUGAAUGGAGGGCUUAAGGCUGCGCUGCAGAACCAUAACUCUUGGAAUUGAAAAAAUGUUUUGCCACAAACUCCAUGGAUGGCACAGAGGAUGACAUGCUCUGGGAACAAGAUGGAAUGUUCAUGAUGCAAUGAUGGAGGCACCGGAACUGAUCAAUGAUGAGUUCCACAAUGAUGCACCACAGGGACCAGGACAAGCGUGUCCUAUGGCCUGCCCUGACAUCAAGAGCUCGUGCACAUGACGUCACCAUUUUCACGGUGCUAUGUUGCCGAUCAAACAAAGCUGCUUGACAUUGUGGGAGACAUUGAACCGGAGGCGAAUAUUUACAAUGCCUGAGACCUUUUUUGCUGUUGGUUGUCACAACAGACGAGACAGAUAUUCAGAGAAAUCCUAUAGCAUACCAGCUGAAAAGAAAAGAUCGAUGGAUUUCGGCAAUUAAACGUGAUGGAUGGUGCCCAACCAAAUACCCCUGUGGAGCGAUCACAGAGAAAUAGAAAUAUUUUUUAAUCUCAAAUUAGCAAGAAUCAUUUAUUUAUGCCGAGUUGACUCAUUUGAGAACAAUGUGUAUUUAAAACAACAAAAACAUUUCACAGAGAUGUUUACAUGUAUCACCGAUACGCUUCCGUGUACGGAGGAGACGACGCCCUGUCCUAAAUUUUUUUCCCAAUCAUAGUUAAUGAAUGCGAGUUUGUGUAAAACAUGGGGUCAUUUAUUUAAACAUUGGUAUUCGUAUUGAAAAAAUUUGAGUCGGUCCAUCACUAUGUGGGAUUUAUUCCUGAUUGAGAACAGAUCCAGCAACAAAGUAUUUAUAUGCGUCUAGACAUUUAUACGCUUCCAAACUUUAUAUAUAAAUCUUGACGACUUACUCACCAGAUACAGUCCAUGUGUAUAUCCAGUUGUUCAAAACAAGCGGAAGUGAAUUAACAGUCCACUUUCUUAUCAGCGAAAACAUCGACUUCGGCCUUAAAUGGGAUGUCCACUCGUUGAAAGUAUGUAGCAGAUAGGUCAUGUCAUUGGUACUAUAACUUUAUUAAAAUAAAGAUAUCAGAUAUCAUUUAAGGUUAUGUUGAUGAUAUUUAUGUCGGCAAUUAUGAAUUUUCAUGGGGCGCUGCCAUUUUGGCGAGUCACAUGACGUACGUGCACGUAUGUGACGUGUCGUGCUCAAACUGAGGCCCGCUUACUUUCCUACACAAUUAUGGCCAGCGCUGAUUUCACGGAUUUAUAAGUAUCAGUUGAUAGGGAAGAUGGAGGAAUACGUCUGUACAGAUUUGAAACUCUGGCUGUCAAUAAUGUUGAAUAUUUGGAUGGUUCUUCGGACGGAAAUAAUGUGGAGACUGACUACUCGGAGGGCUACGCAUGGGACAUAUGUGCGUAAACAAAGCCUCCUGGAGCUUGCUCACGGAGCGCCACUGCUGGAGCACCUCCGGCUGACCACGAGCGAGCGAGCCCCGUGGCCUGGCGGCGAGCGAGUUAGCGAGCCCUGAGGGCCGGCCAUGAGCAAGCUCUGGUGGCAAGCCACAAGCAAACAGCUCGCAUGGCCGCCGGAGCUCACUUGCAGCUGGGCCCCAGAGCUUGCUCGCAGCCCAGUCUUGAAGGGUGGGUAUGGUUGUGCAGACAAUCCGUUUAGCAGUUUUGAGUGAGCUUCGUAGCCCGGCCGCCGGAGCUCGCUCAUAGCCCGCCGCCAUAGCUCAUUCGUGGACGGCCCUCGGAGCUCGCCCAACACGUUCUGAACCAGCCUUUCAUGUACUCUUUUUUUAUUAGAAACAGACAAGGUCAAAAGUAGGGGUGAGCAGAUGAAAUGAACAAAGGUGCAUUCUAGGAUGAUGAUGUGGCACAUCGUACGAUGAUGAUUUAGCACAUUCUUUGGUUAUGAUGGAGUUGUCCUUGGCCACUUGUAGGAAGAUACUGUUGCAUCUGUAUGUAGGAGCUCGUCCUGUGAACAAGACUCUUUGAAGCAAGGAUGAUCCUUUGGCUUUGUUGCAAGUCCAUAAUAAAUAUAUUAACGAUAACUCUAACAUUUCCCCCUGUUUAUUAUGUAAUUGCACAAAUUAUUAUAUCAUUUUGCAACUUCUCUUAACGAAUACAUUUUUAUGGAAAGGAAUAAACGCACACGGAGAAUAGAAAAUCGUUAUCGUCGUCACGGUCAUUCUUCACCAUUAAAGGAUACAUCUCCGCCACCUGUUCGUUCGUGGGUGACAACACUGUUAAUAAGUUUCACAAUGAGAGCAAGCAGACAAGGAAUCCAACAACAUCCACACAAGGUCAAAAUUUCUGGAAAAACAGCAUUUGAUACCAAAUUUGAGGACAACAGAGCUGUGCAUUUUCCAAAGGCAUUCAUCCAGGUCUCUCACACGGAGGUGUCAAUACCAGAACGAGCCGUUAAGGGUUCGAAGCCCCUCGGUGGAAUGACUUCAUAGCUAUUUGUUGGCUUUCACUGCGCAACAUUGUUCUCCGAACAUAGCACAGAUUUCUCCUCUCUCAGCCAACCUGUCAACAGCGACUCCGCUUUGGAAUGCCAUAAAUGAGCAGAUAACUGUUCACGCACAGUUCCAAACCCUCUCUGUGUCCAGUUGCCCAAUUCUUGUACGUUGUAAUGAAUGGGGUUGAUUCUGUCUACGUUUUUGUUGGUUGUACGCCAACAACCUGAGGAUUCAAAUCCUGCUGCCAAAUUGAUCAGCCAAUUUAUACUCACUUGGAACAUCAGGGGCGUCGAUGUUAAAACACUUGUCGUUCCCAUACCGCUUCUCCUCCGACCAAGGGUAAAACUGCAUCUACAGUAGAUGUUAAAUCAUAAACAGACAUAGGAUGAACAGACAAAUGGCAAUAAUUAAGUUAUUGAAGCACAGUAACCUGUUCCAUUUUUUUUUUUCAAUUUAUACCUCCGCAUCACCAUCAAAUUUCUGUAUGUGGCAAUUAGACAACAGUCGCACUCACAAUCACACCUAGGGACACUCCAGAGUGUCCAAUCAAUGUUAAAAACUGGAGCGCUCAAAGGAAACCUACACAGGCAUUGGAGAAACAUGGAAUUCCAUACAGGAGGAACUGGGACUAAACCCCAGUACUCAGAACUGUGAGGCCAAAGCCUUACAGCUGCGUCACUGUGACACCUUUUUUCUACCAUGAGAACCCAAUUAUAAUUUUGAAAUGCCUGUUGCAAUUUGAAACCAAUUUUCUACAUCUAAUUUAGUAUGUAUUUUACUCAAAUUCUUUUUUUUUUUUCCUAUGCAGUUAUCAAAUUUGUUUUCUAAGACCUUGGUUGGUUUCCACAGGUACCACUCGAGCAGAAAAAAUAAAAUCCAACACCCAAUAAAAAAUUUAACUGUUUAGUUGCCAUUAUGAUAGCAGACUCAAUCCUCUAAAUGCCUCAGUCGGGGUGUUUUCUUCACCGAAGUUGAGACGGAAGGGUUCUAAAUACCACGACCCCCUUUGUAACCGGACUACAGCGACUUUGGCACUGGGAAUGAGAACAGCUGUCUUACAAAUGGUCAACAAACAAUUUAGUUUUUGGUAUUAACAAUGUUUUCAAAAUCAAAAACAUUCUUAGAAUGAGUCAAAUUAACUGAACUAUUCCUUACUGCUAUUUUUAAAGCUGUUGGCAUGUUUAGUUGGAAAGAGUUCUAUCCAUUUUGAAAAGGCAUCCAUCAUGACCAAACCCUUUUUUUUCCCUUCAUUUUUAAUUCAAUAGACUCAUGGAUAGUUUUUAAACAGAUAUUCUGGUGUAAGGAACCGUCCUCGAAAUUGGCUCAAAUCACCUUGUCCUACAUUUUUUUUUUUAAUAAAAAUUUAAUCCAUAAAUUAUAUAAUGUUGAUUGUAUAGACUCAUAUCCCUCCUGUUUGAGAUAUGUGACAAAAUCAUAGCUCAUAGCUAUUUAUAGGAUAGGUUUGUUGUCUGGUCAUACAUAGAUGUCUUUUUGUAACGUUGCACUUCUUGUUUUCCUUUCGGCUUGUCCCAUUAGGGGUUGCCACAGCGUGUCAUCUUUUUCUAUCUAAGCGAAUCUUGUGCAUCCUCCUCUCUAACACCCACUGCCUUCAUGUCCUCCCUCAGCACAUCCUCAGCACCCUUGUACUUGCACAUAUGUACUUAAUGUGUCCUUUAUCUAAAUUUGUCAUUUAUCUUUGUUUUUUUUAAAGCAGCUUCCUUUAGUAUUCUAUCAGCAAAAGCAUUUUCCAAUGAAAUCAUAUCUUUGUUUGAUGUAUGUGAAAGGCAUUUGCUUACACUAAAAAUUUUUUGUCAUUUGCAUUGCAAUAAUUAAAUCAAACAAUUUCGCAUGUUACUUUGGCUGUGGAUGAAUUCAUCCCCCUAUUUUUUUUCUUCCCGUGCUGUGCAAAAACAUGCACUGUUGCAAAUGUAUAUUGGCUGUCCAUACCCUGCAUUUUCAUAGAUGAGCCAUGUACAAUAGCACUUCUCUUCUUUCUAAAAGCUGAUCUCUCAGGCCACUUCUACUUUUGGCUCAUAUUUCUGCGAACUUUUGACAAUCAUGUUUUGCACCAUCCUCAUGACUUUCUCAUAAUGUGGUAAAAAUUGUUGCUGGGUUCGACGUUGCUUUUUUGUCUCAGUACGCAGUGCAGUGACAGUACUCUUUAGAAUCAGAGGAUGGAGCAAAACUAUGGUUGAACUUGUUUCUACAGCAAUAGAUGUCACAAUAACUGGUCUUACAUACUGGGGUAAUGCACAUGCUACACUGAGUCUCUAAGUUGCACUAAAACUGAGGUCAUAAAAUGACCUUUACAAUCUAGUAUCUACAUAAAGGAUUUGCUAUAAUCUGACACUAGUUCCUUCUUUACCUCACAGAAAACAGUUUCUGAUUCUUCUGUCAAUUUUAACAAUGAUGUCAUUUUGAGGUGUUCCUCAUACAUUAAUUUGGACAAAGGUGCAGUUAUUGCUGCAUAGUUUGUGGUUUUGGUACAUUAAGUCCAACUUUUUUUUCUAUCAUCUAAAAUUGUUCUUGCUGUGCAAAAAGGUUGUGUCCUAAGAUCUUAUCUUGUUGUUAACUUGUUCUUGCUAACCUUGUGUCCCUCCUGUGCUAAAUGUUUUAACAAUCCUAUUGUAUCACUUUGCAAGUUUCCUUGUGGAGUGAUACACCAUCUUCAUGAAGUAGAAUUUGAUUGACACUUGAUAGUUAAAAUGUGGACAUACUAGCGUCAUAAGUUGUGAAUAAAUUGUUGGCCUUUCACAGUAUACUUGAGGUAACCUGGUAAAUGUGUAUUUUUGGCUUCAAAUGCAAAUGCAACUCAAUCCAUUACUGUAAAAACUAUUGUAUCUCGUCUUAAUUAAUUCAGCAAUGUGUAUGUUUGUCUGGGACACAAGGUGCUCACUGUGUUAACAGCAGCAUUUACUGCUUGGAGGUCUUGAACCGUUCUCCAACCUCCUGCUGGGGGUGUGUUUUUUUUCCUUGUUUUUUUCUGGUUUUAAUGGAUAUUGUUUCAUAAAUAGCCUAUAUUCUGUUUUAGGUCUAAUUUGUACAGGUUGCGCUCCCAAAAUGAGUCCCAGAUCUGAUAGUCCUAUUGACCAUAUGCAUUCUGAGACUUCUUUUAAAAUUGUUUUUCCUCUUCCUCUGUUGAUCCCGUGUCACUUUUGAUGAAGGUGACGGCCUGCACUAAACUGUACUUUUCAAAUUUUCCUCGUCUAGUUUCAAAUUAGUUGCUGUUUGGUCUCUUUUGAUGAAACCUCACAACCACUCUGAGUGUGUGUCAUAUGGUUUAAACAGUGACACAUGUGGCAACAUUAAGCAUCUGUCUUCCAGGGCCUGUGGGAGUCUGAACCUUGUGGCUGCCGUCCCCAGAUUAUCUGUGUGCAGAUAAUCAACUGUUAUUUAUUUAUUUUUUUUUUCUCUUCUUUUUUCUGGAGCGUAUUUGUUGAGUUUAUUUUCAUAAUGAAAAUCUGGGCCUGGAGUUUUUUUUUUCUACCACAUUGUUACAUUAAGAAAGUCUUCAUUUAUCUUAUCCUGUUGUUCUGUUAGGAAAUGUUCUGCUUGCUGUAGCAGUGUCUUUCCCAUAAAAGUUGUAGCUUGUCUGUUUCUUUCUAUCUUUCAGAAUGUUCUCCACAUGGAGAAGUUCCUCCUAUGUGUCAGUAAUCAGGCCAAUGUAAUGUUUGUUAACCCAGCUGUAAUUUGUGUCUUUUAAACCUGCAUGGAGCGCAUGUCAACUGCUGUUGAAAUGGCCUAUUCUCCAUCUUCCUCCAGGCCACUGUAAAUCUUGAAUACAGUUAUCAUUCUCACUCUGUAUUCCUCAAAAGGCUCAUUAUCAUUUGUUUUUCUCCUCUUAUUUUAAUGUAAUUUGCUCUAUGUGUAAAACGCUGGGUUGCUCUCUGAAUUUUCAAAUUUUCCAUAUCUUCUACAAAUUGAUUCAUGUCGGCUUUGUAUGAAGUUGUAUCUUCCACAGCCUUUUUUAACAUCACCCAUAGUCCAAGUCCUCUACACUAAAUAGUCAAGUCGGUGCCAUUUUGUGUGUCGGGGUUGAUUAUUUGGAUCCUUGGUUACAAGUCGCCUAACUUGGUGAUACGUUGGUCAUUUGUGCAGCAGUCUGCGCGGGAAAUAGUAGUCCUCCCAGUCUUUACGACCAUUUCAAGUCAUUUCCGUCUGAUCAAGUCAUUCUGUGUGGUGGAGUAAGUCAGGGUAGAGGGGUGUGGUUGGUUUUCUCUUUUCAUUAUUUUGUUCUUUCCUUUUUCUGUCUCCUUCCUUUCUUGUAACCACCAUUAGAUAUUGUCAUACCUAUCUUAAGUCUUUUAGUAAGGUCACCUUUAUUUCUACAAUCUGUCAUUUUUCAACUGAAAUAUUUUUAGCAAAUUAAGGUGGCUAGUGGAUUUUGUUAUAUAUUUAUGAAACUAUUUUACCUUAUCUGGUCUUUGUGCUUCGACAAAUUUCUAAUCCUUGCAAGUUAAGUUGUCCCUUUCCUUUUGUUUACUAAUAUUUUCCCCAUUUUGCGAAUUUGGAGCCAACACACUACACCUGUCGUGUACUACGGUUGGCGUUUUUGUAUAAGACAGAGUGACUGGUAAAUACUCUUGCUUGGUAUUCUUCAGGCUUCCACCCAGAAGGGCGGAGGAAUCUUGUCUUUUCAUCCAAACAAGUCGUCACUUCCAAUCCCGUCUCUCAAACACUCGUUUACGCAAUCACACAUGGUUUAUACUGCAGUUUUAUUAGAUGUUAUUUUAUACAGACUGUAUUUUAUUUUCCACGGAAUUGAAGUACGUACAAGAGUCUGGCCUCGUUACACGGAAUUUAACUGUAACCUACACAGACGAGUCCGCCCUCGUUAUGGUUAACGGAAUUUAAAUGCACACGAGUCCGCCCUCGUUUACCUUUUAAUGUACAGACGAGUCCGCCCUCGUUACACGGAAUUUAACUGUAACUUAUACAGACGAGUCUGCCCUCGUUAUGUGGAAUUUAACUGUACUUCCUACACGUUACGUUCGUGUAGACUGUGACGCACCUUCGCGCAGAUUUCCCAUGGACAAUCACUCCUCAUAAGAAAAUUGUUCUUACCAAGACAUCUUCUUUUCAGUUGGAUUUCCGUCAACCCUCAGAUCCCAGUUAGAGAGUUCGAGUACCAGAAGUUAAUUAUUUGCUAAAAACAAUGUUUAUCAGUGUGAAUAAUAAAUGUCUUGAUUUGCAAAUAAUUGUAUUCUUUUUAACACAAUGCCCCAACUCACAUUGGAAUUGGGUUUGUAUGGGGAUGUUUAAAAUGAAACAAGUACAGUAUAAAGAUCCAUAAAUAUACUGUUAAGGAAACUCAGUUGGUUUCAAAGAAAAAAGAUAGCUAGAUUGGCCCCAGCCAAUCACCUGACUUAAACCCAAUGCGAAAUCUAUGGAACGAACUGAAACUGAUAGCCCAUAAAAGAAACCCACAGAAACUUCAAGAUUUGAAUACUGCUUAUGGAGAGGAAUGGGCCAUAAUCACACAAGACAUGUUACUGAUUUCUCCAUACAGGAAGUACCUUGAAGCUGUCAAUACAAACAAACAAACAUUCAAUGGAAUUUAGCAUAUUCAAUACUUUUUACCUGUCGAUCCAUCUAUCCAUUUUCUGCUGCUUAUCCGAGGUCCAAUCACAGGGGCAGUAUCUUCAGCAGAGAAGCCCAGACUUCACCUCUUGAUGUAUAUUUAGUGAGAAAAAUGGUGAAGUGUGAAAUACCUAACCCUAACCCUAACCCCACUUAUUUCACUCACUGUAUAUUUUCUUUUGGUUGAAAAUUACCAGACUGAACACUCUUCUUUAAUGGUGUGCGUGUUCUGACUUUCAUCUUGUCCCAUGUGGGGGUUAUCACAUCAAAUCACUGUCAGAAUUUUGUUUUACAGUUUGUAAGAGCAGAUUCCAUUCCUGACACAACCCACCACUGUAUUUCUCAUUCAGGGUAGUUAUUGGGGCACUGACCAAAAAUCACAACCACGCUGCUGGCGCGCAAGGAAGCAUCAUCUACUAUACGACAUUACCAGUGUAACUAUAGAGCUGUGUUGAAUCUAUUAAAUUUAAACCUGACAGAGUGCCAAUCUUACAUGUAUUUAUCUCAUCCUAAACAUCACACUACAUCUUACCGGCAGUAUGAGCAUCUCUGUUUGCCAUAGUUAGACUUAGUAAUGACUGAAUUCUUCCAGCAUUUUCACCAGCAAUUGACACGUUACACACUGAAAUAUCACAUACAGCUGUAUUUUUAUUUAUUUACUUUUGCCUUAUUCUGUUGCUGUUGUUUCAAGUUUGUGUACUGUGUAGAUAUGUCUCCAUGUUCAUUUGUGAUCUGCCUCAAUGUAUUGUAGACAGCUCAACUAACAUUUUUGGGCUCUUGUUUUAAAUGCAUUAUUUUUCUUAGCUUAAUAAAGUAUAUUAUGGGUUUUAUUGUCUGUAUUAAAGAAUAGUAAAUGCUUA